AUGUCGAACCUCGCAACCUUUCUUGGUCGAAUGGGACGGAGAAGACCAAUCUGGAUUAGUCUUCUGAUUGCUGGCGUCGUUCUAUAUCUCUUCGGGGGUGGAAGCGCACCUUCAACACCACAUGAGAUUAACACCAGCAAACUAAAUCUCACCUCAAAACGUUACGCAUUUGCAACUCUCCUUACCAGCGAUGAUGAUUCCUACUUCACAGCAACGAGGGUAUUGUCAUAUCAGUUGCUCUCGGACCAGGAAACAAAAACAAAUCACUCAAUUCCUUUCGUGGUGAUGGUUACGAAAUUAGUCCCCAAGCAUCAACGCCAGCGACUUGCUCUGGAUGGAGCAACCGUAGUAUAUGUCGAGGACGUUCCUCUUCCAUGGUGGAUUCGACAACGACUCCGACGACCCUCGCGCUUUGGAGACCAGUUCACCAAACUUCGGAUCUUCCAAAUGCUGGAGUAUGAUCUCGUGCUCUAUCUAGAUGCAGACACGCUUCUCAUGAAAUCACUAGAUGGAGUUUUCAAUGACGAGGCUUGCAAGCCAUCAGAUACUCAGACAACAAAUCCAUCGUUCUUUGAAAACGAUCGACCUCUCGUCCCGCCAGCCCAGUACGUCUUUGCCGCAAGGCCAGAUAAUGGAAGAUCUAACGACGGCUCAAAUGGUGGUAACUAUGAGCAUCCAAUCCCUCCGAUGGAGAGGGAUCAAUUAAGUGCUGGGUUCUGGGUUGCGGCACCAUCAAAUGAGUUAUUCAACUAUUACAUGUCCGUGAUGCAAAGCUCGACAUAUGGACUCUUCCGACCUUUUGAUCCGCAAUUUAUGGAACAAGCAAUGUUUGAUUAUACCCAUCGUAGGGAUGGCCGUAUGCCUUGGAAAUCCCUCAACUACACCUGGAGUGCUACUUUUCCGGGCAUUCAGGAUAUCACCGCAGGAGUAGCGAGUCUUCAUGAUAAAUUUUGGAUACAUGGUCCUGAUCAGUUGACGGCGAGGUGGAAGAAGAAGAAAGAGGAGAUGGAGUCGCUACAUGGGAAAUGA